CUCUAGCUAGCUGCAUCAUAUAUAUAUAUAUAUAUAAUAUACAUACAUAUAUAUAUACGCUAUUAAUUAUAUCAAUUUUAUGAUGAUAGGGGUAGGAGAGAUAUACAAGGUGGUGGUGGCCGUGGCUCCACUUUACACAGCCCUUGGCCUCGGCUAUGGCUCUGUCAGGUGGUGGCAUAUCUUCACACCAGAACAAUGCGAGGCUAUAAACCUUCUCGUCUCUUACUUCACCCUUCCCUUCUUCGUCUUUGAGUUCACCAUCCACGCAGAUCCUUUCUCGAUGAAUUACCAAUUUAUCUUGGCCGAUGUCAUCUCUAAGGUAGUAAUAGUCUCCAUUCUCUUUGCAUGGGCUAAAUGUAGCAGUAAAGGGAGCUAUGGCUGGUCCAUUACCACCUUCUCUUUGUCCACUCUCACAAACUCACUUGUUGUGGGGGUGCCCAUGCUCAAUGCCAUGUAUGGGCCCUCUGCUCAGGACCUUGUGGUGCAGUCCUCUAUAUUUCAGGGCAUUGUUUGGCUUGUUCUCCUUCUCUUUGUCUUGGAAUUUAGGAAGGUGAAGAUCGGUAUACCAACAAAACCCGGCGUUGUUUCUAAUCAGUACUCUCAUGUGGUUUCAAUAGAUAUAUCACCAUCAUCAAAGGAUACUGCUGCUGCUGCUGCUGCUGCUGCUGCUGCUACUACUACUACUACCAAUAAUAAUGAUCAAAACACAAACAGUGUUGCUGAUCAUGAGCUUCUUAUAGCAAAGCCUUCUUUUUGUUCUCUUAUGAGGAUUGUUUGGUUUAAGCUGGCCUUAAACCCUAAUUCUUAUGCAAGUAUCAUUGGCAUCACUUGGGCUUUUAUUUCUAAUAGGUGGCACUUUGAGAUGCCAAGCAUUAUGGAAGGUUCAAUCUUGGUCAUGUCUAAAGCUGGGACUGGCAUGGCAAUGUUUAGCAUGGGUUUGUUCAUGGCGUUGCAAGAGAAGUUGGUCGCUUCUGGACCGAGCUUGAUGGCGUUUGGCAUGGUUAUGAAGUUCAUUGCUGGGCCAGCGGCCAUGGCCAUUGGAGCCAUAGCCGUCGGUCUGCGUGGAGACGUACUACGGAUUGCCAUUAUACAGGCUGCAUUGCCACAGUCCAUAACCUCGUUCAUUUUCGCAAGGGACUACGGAUUGCACGCUGAUGUGCUAAGCACAGCGGUUAUCUUUGGAAUGCUGGUUUCAUUACCAGUGUUGGUUGCAUACUAUUUCUUAUUUGGCCUCAUGAGCUAAUCAUUCACUAGUCUAAUGCUCCAGGAAAGGAAUUUGUUCUUUCUGAAAGCUAUUGGGAACUCACUCUGUAGUCCAUACAAAUGAUGCCACAGAAGUACUUGUUUCUACAUUAAUCCAACUUUGAUAUAGAAUGCAUCAGGCAAGCUAAUUUAAGCUCUCGGAACUUUGCCCAGCUAAGUGGAAAUUGGCAUGCAUAUAUAGGACAGAUAUGAAUAUAUAUAUUUGUACAAGAUUUCUUAACUAUGUACAUCCUCUUCCUAAUUCAUGUUUCCGUUUGUAUUACUAUAAACCAUAUACAGUACGUACACUCUCUGUGGUAAAAGAUCAGCUUUAAUUAUCUUUUGAAA